AAGACUUCAUCACCAUAGUCACUAUUAAUCACCCAGGGCCAUUGUGGUCCUGUCCUGUAAACAGCGCAAGUGCAGGCAGAGAAAGAAGAGAGGAAGAGGGGGCAGGGUGGCUGCAGGGAGAAAGAGGGGAGAGAAUGGUUGGGGAUCAGCCUGUAUGCCCGCCUCAGCUCCUACUGCGGGGCUGGGGAACAGUGCUGCUGUCUCAGUGUUUGUCCUCCGUGUUCUCCCAGAUCCCGGAUCCUGAGCUUUUACCCACAGAUCCCCCAAAGAAGCCCGACCCUGUCACUUCAGAGACCGUGGUUUUCUGGGGGCUGCGGUUAUGGCAGGUCAUUGGCAUCUUUUCUGUGUUUGUUCUGGCAGUUGUCAUCACUCUGUGCUGUAUAUUCAAAUGCCGAAUUCCCAGAACAAAAAAGGAAAUUGAGGCACGGCAUGCACAAAGGCAGGCUGCCAAGAAAUACGCCAACACAUUAGAGACAGUGCCACCUCUUAAUGAGCUGACUGAGAUCCCAGGCUCUUCAAAAGCAGAAGACAGUGAGGAGGUAAAAACAGUUUCUGGGAAGGUGGAUGCUGAAAAAGGAGAGAAAAAGACCAAGGAGGGCAAGAAAGAGGGCAAGAGUGCCAAAGAGGGGAAAGGAGAUGAAAAGGACGCAUCUACAAAGAAGAAGGGUGAAAAAGGCGAGAAGGGAGCAUCCAAGAAGGAAGAUGGGGACGGGAAAGGGAAGAAACCAGGAGAGAAGGGAGACAAAGGGGAAAAGGGAGCAAAAGGAGGGGCUAAAGGAGGGGGCAAGAAAGCUCAAAAGUAAACUCUGCUUUUCUGUAAAUACCGGGAAAAAAAAAUCCAAUUUUUUCACUGGGCACAUUU